UGGGCUGUAGCCAUGGAUGUAUUAAGACAACGUCUGUAGCAGGCAACUGGAAGCAUCGAAACGGGUCUUCCUUGCUGGAAGCCGGAUGCGGUAUCUGCAUACAACCAUGGAUAUAUUGGUGUAAGUGCUGUGGAGAUCAAAACACCCAUGGUGGAGAUAGGUGUGGCAAUGCGAAACGAAUCUAAACCUAACAGUCUCUGACCUAACCAACCCAUACAUUCUAUGUAGCCAACCCAACCAACUAAGGCAACGAGUACUCGCCAAUCACAGACAGAGUAGGACGGGCCAUGCCUUCGCCAUCCUGGGAAAACGCUAUGAAAUUUGCGACCACGUAGACGCUACAUCCGGUUUGUGAGGUCAGUCUCUGUGCUGCCGCCAUAUUGAAGCGGGGACCGUUCAAAUAAACGAGUAGUAGAAAAUGCCAGACUUUUGUUCUGUGGUUGGAUGUUCUAAUGGAAGAAAUGCCCAAACCAAGCAGCAGGGAAUAACAUUUCACAGGUUCCCAAAAGAUAAGGUUAAAAGACGGGCAUGGACAGUAGCACUGAGGAGAAGGGACUUUGAGCCACAUGCCCGCUCAGUUGUCUGUAGCUGUCAUUUCAAGCCCGAAGACUUCGACAUGACUGGACAGACAACUCGUUUAAGGGAAGGAGCGAUCCCGUCAUUUCCUAACAAUAUUAGCAAAGUGCCCAGUAGGCCUACACCCAGGUCAAGCAGGACCUCACAAAAAGCUGCUGCAGAAUGUCCUGAUGUUCCCGUUCAGCUGUCAGAGGACCUUCAAAAGUCAAACUUGGAUCAUCAGUAUGCCCUUGACCCAAUUAAAGUAAAGAAAAAGUUAACUGAGGCUCAGGAGAAAGUGGAGGAAUUGCAACGGGACUUAAGAAAUGCCAAGGAUCGGGAAAGAAGGAAUAAGAAGACAGUGAAAUCCCUGCAAGAGGAUUUAAAACACAAAAAUAUGCUUACCAAGGAACUGCAGCAGAAACUUGACUUCCAUUCUGGUAUCUGUCUGUGACUGGUUUUAUCAUCAACAUUGACACAUAACCCUGAUGAUAGCAGAGCUGCUGUGUGCACAUACUGCUUCAGCCAGGACCAUAUGGAGUUUAUCUUUCACUUCAUCAGGGCCUCAGGUGGAUGGAACAACUACCUGAGUGUUGUUCACUUCCAGAGUGUAUUCCGCCAUCUCAUGGUCUGAUGCAGCAUUUCUCAAGGAAACACAGGAUGACACAGUGGGUACGUCCCUGGUCCUUAAAUUGCAUCCAUGUUUCCAUCGCUUGUUUCCCUUCCUCGCGUCUUAGUCCAUCCCACCACCGAGGAAGCAUGGGAGGGACGCGAGGAGAGAGGAAACGAAGAAAUGUGAGAAAUUAAACAUUCUUUCCUCUGACGUGUCACAUAAAUCUGUCAGCUGUAUGGGUGUAGUUAGCAAUGGCUUUAAGCUGCACGGCUUCCAGGAAGGCUGCUCUCGUGUAUCCUCGGUCAUAGCUCCUCCUCGAUCCCUCCUCAAUCCUUUGUCCUCACUUCUCGGAGCAGGAAUAAGAGCUUUGAGAUGUCCUUCAAGAAGGUGGACCAGAACGACUUCCAGUUCAAGCUAGGAGCGAGGAAAUAUCAAAUUAGAGAUUUGGGAUCCACCCAGUGUCUAUGUCAAUUGUGGACAUGUCAUCCGUAGUAGUGCCAUCUGAGGACUCUGACACUGCAUUGAUCCUCUUCAUUUGAGAAUGUCGCUAGUGUGUGUUGGACCACAGCUACCUGCCCACUAGCUUUGGGUGCCUAACCGAGAAUGCUCUUGUUUAUAUUGCAGGUUAUGAAGCAGAUUUCAUGUGAUGUAUGCUGUAACCGUUUCAUUAACACAUCUGUUACAGUAACGGCAGCUUUUUGUGAUAGCUACCACCUGCUAACCUUGGAAAACAAUAAAGGCCUGAAGAUUCCAAAUAUAGCGUUGCAUCCGACAGACCACAAACAUUUAAUCUGCAGCACAUCAGUGUCCCUGUUGAGCCGUGUUGUCAGAUCAAUCCUAGGUUUAAAAGCUGCGUUUGAUGUUUUUGACCAUAUUGUGGAAACUCAGGAUAGCAUUGACAACCAUCACCUUAGCCUCAUCUCUUUAUCCGUGAGCAGCUUUCAUAAGUUGAGGCAACACUUGUAGCAAGAAUUCACACUCUACAGUUUCAGAGUGGCAGUUUAAGAAUGCAGCUAUGUAAAGUAGUGUUGUUGGGCAAUUGGAUAAGAAUGUCUCUGUCGUGACUUUGUGAGUGAAAAAUAACUUUUAUACAUUUUUAUGAGAUUAGGGCUACAUUUGUAUUGCUCACCUCUCUUGUAUAAACAACAGAAGUUAUUUCCCUGGUACUUUCAUUUUCAGUUGCACCAAACUGUAUUGGUUUAUCAGAAUGUGUAACUGUGCAGAGCCCUGCUGAUACACUGUACACAGUUUUUGUAAAAAUGUGUGACUUAAAAUGUAAAUGAGCAAAAUAUGAAUAUUACACUACACACAAAAAAACCCACAUUAAUUAUCUCAUGACCCUGCAGAUUUAUCUUGUGACAAUCCCUAGUUUGGUAAUCACUGGAUUAAACUAUAACUGUAGGCCAUAUAAAGUAUAGUAUAGUUUCACCCUUAGUAUAAUACUGUUAUUUGUCGUAUUAGUCACAAGGGGCAGAUUUUUUGCAAACCAGUUAUUACUUUAAUUCCUUUAACUUUAGCUUAUAAUGCGUCUGCACUUUUACUUAACUAGGAUUUUAAAUGCAGGACUUUUACCUGUGAUGGAGUAUUUUUAAAUUUUUUGUAUUUGUACUUUUACUCAAGUAAAGGAUCUGAGUACUUCUUCCACCACAUGAUCAAAACGAAAAUUACUUAUUUUUAAUUGUUGAGAUUUGACUGCAAAUAUCCAGUCACUAUUAUUGUGAACAAUCCAUCGUCUAAAUAAUGAGCCUAAGGCAAAUUCAUUGCCAUAUUUAUGACAUGUUACAUCAAAUGCAUCGCUAGUACAGAAGCAGACAGUACAUCAUUUAGCUGUUGUUUCAUUUUGACAGGAAAUACAAACAUAUUCAUGCAUUAUAGCAUUUACUGCCUCCCAUGUAGUGAUUGCUUAGCAUGGAACAUAAGUAAAUCAACAGAGCAGGACAGUUAUUGCUCAACAGUAUAAAACAACACAAACGACCCCUUGUAAGUGUUCAGGUGGGUGGUUAGAUACUGUAUGUACACUUCCUGCAUAGACACAUUUUAAAGAAGUAGGGGAAGAGAUGUGAGUAACUGAAGACUUUGUACCUCUCUGACCCUGAACCUCUCACUCAUAUUGUAAAAUGAAACAUAAAACGAGGGAAAAUGCUUAUCUAAUCUUACUUUGGCAAGUGGAAAUCAGUUGUAGGUGACAGUGAAUCGUGGUGUUACUUCUUAAUGACCAUAUUUUGUUACCGCACUAGCCCUAAAUAAAGUCUUAUUUUGGACCCAGUAAUGGUGCAGUUGACUUUUUUGACAGUAAAGGAUCCUCUUUUGUAAACCAAACCUA